UACGCGCCGGAUGUUUUGGAGGGGAGAGCCUCGCUACCUUCUGUUUUCUCCUCUUCCUGUAUCUGCUUUCUGGACCUCAGGAAGAAUAUCUUAAUCAUGUCUGGAAGCUUCUACUUUGUAAUUGUGGGUCACCAUGAUAAUCCAGUGUUUGAAAUGGAAUUUCUACCAGCUGGUAAAGUAGAAUCUAAGGAUGACCAUCGCCAUCUCAAUCAGUUCAUAGCUCAUGCUGCUCUUGACCUAGUAGAUGAGAACAUGUGGCUGUCUAAUAAUAUGUACCUGAAGACCGUGGACAAGUUUAAUGAAUGGUUUGUUUCUGCUUUUGUCACAGCAGGACAUAUGAGAUUUAUAAUGCUUCAUGAUGUAAGGCAAGAAGAUGGAAUCAAAAACUUCUUUAGUGAUGUCUAUGACUUGUAUAUAAAGUUUGCAAUGAAUCCAUUUUAUGAACAGAAUUCUCAGAUUCGAUCAACUGCAUUUGACAGAAAAGUCCAGUUUCUUGGGAAAAAGCAUCUUUUAAGUUGAGUUACUAUAACUGUAUUAGAACCUAAAUAGCCUGCUGUAUAUCUGACGUUUCUGAAGCUAUUAGGCUAAUCUUUCCAAAACACACACACUUAAGGUCAUCUGUUACCUUGUAUGAAAACCAAUUUCAGGAGCCUAACAGAUGUCUUUAUUGUAGGUGAUCACUCUAGUUGUGAAACAUUUGUAUAUAUCAAAAUUAAUUUUAAAAAUUGAAUAUUUAAAGCAGCACCUCUGCUAGCUUGGCAAAAGGUUAAAUGAAGAAGCUAGGUUUUUUAAAUAACUAAAGCAAGCCAGACCUCAGGAUCUUUAGAUCAGUGUGAAAGCAUUCAGUUCAGGGCUAUGUCAGUAUUAAGACUAACCAGAUUACAGAAUGGUGUGUUGAAAUGAAAAAGGUAUGGAUAGCAGAACAGAAACACAACUACCCCUAAACACAUAGUUACAAGUGAAUCGCCUCAGUUCAACUUGCUACCAUUUUAUUGGAAUAAUUGAGCACAUAGGUGGGCAGAAACACACUAUUUGCUUACAAGUGACUUCAUUAUCACGUGCACAUGUGAAUGAAGCAACAGGAUGCAAAAAGGGCAAUGUGUUUUCCCUGUAAAAAGCAUCUUGAGACUUAUUUGUAGUAACUUGCUACUCCUCAAGUUUUUACUCAAAGUAUUAACACCAAGCAACUUAACUGAAGCUUUAAAGGUCAGAACUAAAUCCCACUACUUUGUUUUCUAUAAAACACUUAUUAUAUUGGGGACAGUCCAAUCAAGUUAAGCACUAUCCAUCCUAUUCUAGGUAGAUUGAAUAGCCUGUAUUCUUAAUCCUCUAAGUUUGACAUCAGUGAUGUGUACUGUAUAUGAAAGACCAUAUAGCCUUAGCCUGGAAGAGUAAGGAAGAAAGCCAAAAACAUCUAUAGGUAGUCUGGCUCUCACUAAAGCCUUACAUUAAAUAACUCAUAUGUUUCACUUAAGAAUUUGCUUAAGCCUAUUGAAGUUUCAUUGUGCUACAUUCCUACUGAGGUGUUACAUUUCACUAUGUAAACAUACUGAAGUGAUAGGAUAACAUAUGUGAUGUUUGAUUCAUUUGCAGAGAAUAACAUUCCAAAUAAAAUGUAAAUUUAUAAUAUAUGCAUUGAUGCUCUCUGAAUGGGUCAUUAGGUUUUUCGGUUCAUUAAACUAUUCUGAUAUUAA